AUGGAAGACGAUGAUGAUGAUGCAAAGCUCAAAGAAGAAAUAGAAGCUGAAUUAGAUAAAAUCAGUAUUUCUUCUUUGGAAAAAGAUGAUGUUGAUAGUGAUUCAAAAUCAGAAACCCAGAGUGAUGAUAGUGAUACAGACUUAGAUGAAUUACCUGAGUCAGUUCUUUACUGUAUUAACAUCAUAAAGAAUAAGAGUAAAACUGCUGAAGAGCUCAUUCUUCAGGACUUAGAAGACACUGAUGUUUUAAGCUGUACUUAUGGAGCAGUUUCUAAUAAUCAUAUGCAUUUAAGGAUAGAAUUAUCAACUGAAUAUAAAGAAAAAUCAGAUCAAUUAAUGAAGAUAUUAUCUGAAAUAGAAAAAGAAGAAUUUCUGAGAAGUAAAACUCACUGUGGCAGUCCUGAUUCUGUUCCAGAGCCUGGACCUCAUGCACAUGUGGAUGAAUAUGUUUUGCCAGAUGAUGGUGAAAUAAAAUUUGGAUACUGUGAAGUGGAAGAAAGAUGUAGGCAAUCUUUUGAGGCUUGGCAAGAUAAACAGAAAGAACUAGAAGACCAAGAGAAAGAAACUCUCAAAGCUCAGAGGGAUAGAGAAGAAAAGGAGUUUCAAGAAGAAGAAGAAAAGAGACAUUCCUGGAUGGAACAAUUUGAAGUUGAAAAGAAGAAACUAGAGAAUAUUCAAAAGCAAGAGCUGGCCAGGAUGAAUGAUGAACUCCAUAAAGAAGAGAAAAUGUGGAAAGAGAAAUUUAAACAACAUGAGGAGUUUAUUAGAAAUCUGAAUUUACAAAUGGAAGAAGAAAGAACAAGAUUUAAAGACCUACAGGAAAAAGAAAAAAUGCGUUUAUUAAAAAUGCAGCAUAAUGCAGCUGUAAAAAUUCAAACUAGAUAUAGAGCAUUUGUGGCCUACCGAAAAUAUGGUCCAAUUAUAAAAGAACAAAUAGAAAAUAAGAAAAAAAAAGCACUAGAGUGGAAAGAAAAGGAAGCAAAAAUACGACAAAUUGAAGAAGAAAAACAAAAAAGAUUAGAGGAGGAGAAGAAGAUAGAAGAAGAGAUACAAAGACAGAAGGAAGAAGAAAGAAAAAGGAGAGAAAAAGAAUAUGAGGAAAAAAAGAACAUCCUAAGACAAGAAAAAGAGCAACUACUAAACAAAGAAAAAUUAAGAUUAAAAGAAGUUGCAAGAAAACACCUAAUAAGAAAUAGAGCAUUAAAAAACGGAGAACAUAAUGCCACACAUUUAACUGUUGACGCUAUAUCAAAGAAUAAAUAUGGAAUAGUCAAAAUGCUAGCAGAUGGAAAAUCAAACAAGUGGGAAGAUGUUCCGCUCUGGCUAGUUAAAGGAUUGAAUGAAAGAGAAAAUAGAGAUAAACAGCUUGUACUAAAAGAAUCAAUACAAGUACAAUUAAAAGAAUCUUUAUCAAACCAAACAAUUUUGGCAGAAUUUAAAAUGGGAGAAAGAAGUGAAAACCUAGCAAAACAACACUGUUCAGAAAAAGUGGUCAAGCAAGGAAGAAAAUAUGAAAAUACAGACAUAAAAAAUGAAUUGGAAAACCCAGAUCUAAAAGAACAUAUGAAAGAACAGUUUCAGCUGCAAGAAUUAAUCUGUCCAGUAGUACAAAAGGAAAAAAUGAAGGCUGCUGUAAAUGAGAAUGUAAUACAAGAAACCCAUACAAUAACAUUAGGGCAUAAUCAAGAUAUUAAUGAAGUAAAAAACAGUAAAGUACAGAAAAUAAUCAAAGAUAGUCAACAGAGUAAGAUACAAAAAGUAGAAAAAGAAGAGAUACCAGAACAGAAUGGAACAUUAUAUGAAGAGGGUAACAUUUCAGUGAUUUCAAUAAAACAAAAACUACCAGCACUAAAAUUAGAAAAUUCUGAAUAUAUAAGGGAAAAUGUAAUAUUGCAAGGAAAAGAAAUUGAUUUAAAAUCUAAAGAAACCGAGGAGAACCCAAAGGGCAAUGCUCUGAAUAGUGAGGGAAUUACUACUGCCAGUGAUGCCAUGAUAAAUGUAGAAGGCAAAAUAAACAAGCAAAAUGAUGACUUAGAUAGAUACACUCCCUGUGACGACUUAGGUGGCUAUAAUACCAAAAACUCCUUGGUUUUUAAACAAGCAAACUCUCUAAAUACUCAUAUUAAAGAAAUUCCAGAAGUAUGUCAUGAAAACAGAACUGAAUGUGAGAAUGUUGUGACCUGCUCUGUCCCAGAGCCAACACUUCUAUGCUCUAUUGAAGAAAAAAGGCUAGCUUGGAUAAGAUCAUUUAAACCCUGGUGGGAAAUUUUUGAGCAAAACCAACAAAAGAAGAUUGUUAAGAGAAAGAGGCUUGUGAAAUGUCCAGCCAACAUGAUGCCCCCUUUGAAUACACUAGAUAUUCUUCAGUAUGGCUCUUGGAAUACUUUACAACAGGUUACAAGAGUAACAUUUCAAGACUUACCAGGUUGUAGUCUUUCCACACUGGCAGAGUGUACAAAUCUUCAGUUUCUGUCUCUUCAACGCUGUGGGUUAACUUCUUUGCACAGCCUGAAUAACUGCAAAAAACUGAAGUACAUAAAUGUACAGGAAAAUAAUAUUGAGACUAUCAACUGUGAAAAUUUGGAAAAUCUCUGUGUUGUUCUUCUUAAUAAAAAUCAACUGACUUCUCUGCAUGGUUUGGAUGGCUGCACUAAUAUCCAAAAUCUUGAAAUUUCACAUAAUAAAAUCACUCGAAUUGGUGGUUUAGAAUCUUUGAAAAAUCUUCAGCAACUAGUUGUGGACCAUAACCAGUUAAUUAGUACAAAAGGCCUUUAUGAUACUCCUACCAUUAUCUACCUGGAUUGCUCAUAUAAUCACCUUACUAAACUAGAGGGUAUUGAAAACUGUGGAUUGCUUCAGAUACUGAAGCUACAAGGAAAUUAUCUAAGUGAGCUUCCAUCCUUGGAAAAUCAUGUUCUACUAAGAGAAUUGUACUUGGAUGAUAACAGCAUUUCAGUUGUGGAAGCAUUUUCUUCAUAUUGGCUGCCUUUACUACAAAACCUCUCUUUGUCUCAAAACAGCUUGACAAAAUUCACACCACUUUAUCAUUUUGUUUCUCUGAAAAAGUUGGAUGUCAGCAACAAUUGUCUUUCUGAUCUUACGAGUGCUGCGAAGUGGUUUGAUGCAUGCUAUUCUCUCCGUGAAUUGACUCUUACUGGAAAUCCACUUCUUCAAGAAAUAAACUGGAGGGAUUCUUUGCUUAAAAUGUUACCUGCUCUAAGAAUCCUCAAUGGUGAAAUGCUAACCUCUUAUUCAGAAAGCAGCAUUGAAGAACACUGUCAACCAGAAUUAGGACAUUUUCUGGUACUUUGUCAAUCCCAGAUUAGAGAAUUCAACCUACUAACUGAAAACUACAUUACUGGAAAAGGAAAUAUAUUCACCUUGGAUGUUGCAGAGAAUCUCUGUCAUUAUUUUAAGAAAUUAAUGAAACUUAGUAAUGAAUACCGAUAUGCCCAUGAACACGGGGAUGUAAGUGUAACCAAGAGAGGUAAAGCAGAAGCCCAGCAAAAUCAUGUGGCUCCUACAGACAGUGGUAGCAUACUGCAAAAUAGAGUCCUUCACUCUUGUGCAAACAAACAUAAACUGAACUCACCAGAUAUUUCUGAAAAAUGGAUGGACUCUGGUUCUAGUCAUUUCCUAUUAACCAACUCCUUAUCUGAAGAUACAGAAGGAAGAAAUCAAGAAAAAGCAACAGGCCAGGAGAGAGAGGAUAGCAAGGCAAGUGCUAUCCCCACCAAAAGAAUCCCCUUCAUGGAAACAGUAAUGACAAGUUACCUGCUGAAGAAUCACCCAAAUACUGAACAUAAUGAAAAAAUUAUGGCAGCUAUGGUAAUCCAGGCCUACUGGCGUGGUUAUAUUGUGCGUAGACAGUAUCAUUUCUCUACAAAAGUACAUACUCCUUCAACAGGACUCCUGACAUACUGCCCAAAUUCCUUCAUCAAAAAUCAAACUAUUUUAAAGAAAGAAAAAAGAGAAAAUACUGUGGAUAUCCAAGAACAGAAGGAAAAAGCUGCUACUCUUAUUCAGGCUGUUUGGAAGGGAUUUCUUUUGCGAAAGAAACUGACAACAGCUCUAGAGGCUAUUAAGAAUGAAGAAUCUGAAGAAGAAUAUGAAGAAAUAGAUUUAGAGGAUUUCACAUUUGAUGAAGCUGCCUUGGAGAAGCAAUGGCCAACUUUAGAUUCCGCCUGCUUCCCUUCACAAACACAGCUUCUCCCAAACCAGCUGCACUGGCCAAAGUUCUCUGGAACCUUAAACUAUGAUGAUACUUCAUUUAACUUACCAAGUCCUCCAGCUCAAGCAUGGCUAUAUAAUGAAAAAAACUUGUUUUCAUCGGAACACGUACAGUUUAAUGGCAGAUCAGAAAAUAGAACUUUAUCCUGGACAUCUGAAUCAAAGACCAGCAGAAAGAGUUUGCUAAAAUCUGUAAAAGAGGAAAAAAUUUCAGAAGAAUGGGGCUUUAAGGAUAUAUCUACUGCUCAGCAAAUGCUGAAGAGAGCACAGAAAAUGAAAUCAAAGAAAUUAAGGAAAAAAUUAGAUGCUACUGUACGCCUGGCAUUAUUCAAAAGCAAUGAAAAUAAAGUUUCUGUUACAAAAUCACCUGUGAAGGUUCGAUCCAGAAGAGAUGGUUACUCUGAAGGUAAGGAAAAGGAAUUUAUCUACAAGGAUACCAUGGCACCUGAAAAAUUAGAAAGGAGUAAAGAAUAUACAUAUCAGUGGCUUCAUACACAGGUUGGAGUUCAUGAAACAACUAGUUCUAGAAAUAUGAAAUGUGAUCAUUUCUUGCCUGAGUUAGACCCAGAGGUACUGAAUGGUGGAAGAGUUCAACUUGUGAAGGAAGCCCGUGUAAACAAAAGGAGAAGGGCCAAUACAGAGUCUAGAGAAAUGGAGCCCAAAAAAGAAAUUUUCAGUGUUUCAGAAAUUACCAGACAAUAGGGUACCCGGACCAAUGACAAGUUAAGUAUAUGGCCUCCGUGGCAGGCAAGACUUGUAAGCAGAGAAGACACGGAUUUAGACCUUUUUUCCAUGACCAGUGGAAAUGCUUUGUCUGUGAAGAGAGAGAAAAAAAAUCAGGCACACAGACACUCAGCGGGAUCUUCAAGUUUUUCAAUUAAAGGAAUACUUGCACCAAUGAUAGCAAAUACAGGACCUUCUAAGAAAGAACGCAUAUCAUUCCGUGACAAUCCUGUACAACUCAGUGGUGGAUGGGGAAGUGGCAAAAAGAAGGCAAAAACUUCAAACUAG